AUGGAGCUGCGAGGGAGCCGUGGGCCCAUGGGUGGCCUGGACCUGAAGGGGCAGGGGUUGGGGGUGUGCAGCCCAGGCACCGGGCUACCGGCAAGCUCCGUCUACAUGACAGUGCAGCAGCAGGACUACUCAGCCAGCGUCUGGCUCCGCAGGAAGGAAAAACUGGAACAUUCUCAGCAGAAGUGCAUUGUGAUCUUUGCUUUGGUGUGCUGCUUUGCUGUUCUGGUGGCGUUGAUUUUUUCAGCGGUGGACAUCUGGGGUGAAGAUGAGGAUGGGAUCACAGAGGAAAACUGCAGCAAGGACUGCGGUGUUGUGCUUGUUGAGCAUAUUCCAGAGGAUGUCUCCUUUUUAGACAAUGGUACAUCCCAUCUCCCACUCUCUGUGGGGCUCCACAACUUACUGGACCGUGCCACCCGAGCUGUGGAGAUAGUCUCCCCACUGUGGCUCCUCAACUCCUCCGAUUAUGAAUCAAGUUUCCAGCCUGCUGCCAGGCAGGGCAGGGCUCUCCUGUCCAGGCUGCAGGGGCUGAAGGAUAAAAAAAUCCAGCUGAAGAUCUCCAGUGGGAUAUUCGACUCGCCCGAGCUCAAAGCACUUGCCAGACACGGUGCUGAGAUCCACUACGUGAACAUGACAGCGCUGACCAAGGGCAACCUCCACUCCUCCUUCUGGGUGGUUGACAGGAAGCACCUCUACAUUGGCAGUGCCAGCAUGGACUGGAGGUCCCUGGCCACGAGGAAGGAGCUGGGUGUGUUGGUGUUGGACUGCAGCUGUCUGGCGUUGGACCUGCACAGGGUCUUCAGCCUCUACUGGGGGCUCCAAUAUAAAGACUUCAUCCCCUCCUUUUGGUCCAAGCGCCUCUUUGCCCUCUUCAACAGAGAAGCACCUCUGAACCUGACACUCAACGGCACCAGAGCUCUGGCCUACGUCUCUAGCUCCCCGAAUGUGUUCAUCCCUAAAGAUCGGAGCAAUGACCUGGAAGCAAUCUCCAGGGUGAUCCAGGAGGCCCACCACUUCAUAUACAUCUCCAUCACUGACUACCUGCCCCUCCUCAACAGCAAAGACCCCAGGUACUGGUCUCAUAUUGAUGGCAUUAUCCGCGAGGCUCUGAUCCUCAGGAAGGUGCGGGUGCGUCUGCUGAUAAGUUGCCGGGAACAGACUCACCCGCUCACCUUCAACUUCGUCUGGUCACUCAGGAGCCUGUGUAUGGAGCAGGCCAACUGCUCGCUGGAGGCUAAGUUCUUCACCCCCAGAGAGCGAAGGGAUGGCAGCCUGCAGGGGGUCAACCACAACAGGUUUAUGGUGACAGAGAACGCCAUUUAUUUAGGUAACCUCAACUGGGUGGGAAAUGAGUUUACCUUCAACGCCGGCGCAGGUCUGGUGAUCAGCCAGGCAGAGGGCAUAAAGGAGAGGAACUCUACAAUAGUGGAGCAGCUACGAGCUGCGUUUGAGAGGGACUGGUUUUCACGUUACACCCGCUCCCUGCAGACCAAUAAGAUCCCUGUGUGCAACAAGCACCAGAUGAACAGGCUGGUGCCAAUCAAAACCAGCCACUUAGACAGCGGGCUGGUGCAUGGUCCUGCACCAAUGAGGAACACUCCCAAAGACAAUGGACACUUGCCAAUUAAGACAAAUCACCAUGACAACAGACCAGAACUCGGCAAAAUUAGUCAACAAGACGCAGCCAAAGGACUGAAGCCAAUUAUAGGCGGUCACCAAGAGAGAGGACAGGUCAAAAUGAGUCACCUUGACAGUGGACAUGUGCAAAUCAAAAUCAAUAACCAUGACAACCAAAUGGAACCACUGGCAUCCAGCCAAUCAGCAGAGAGCAGCGGCAGCAGAGAAAUCCCCAAUGGGUCCCUGUGACCGCAAAGCAUUAUGGUUCUAACCUCCCUUUCACUGAAUGAUGUUUGGAGAAUUUCUUUCUUCCAGCAACUUACAACAGACUUACACUGGGUCUUUGUAGCAUUUUAUUAUUGUCCUUUUGUAACACACAAAGGAAUUUGAAGAUUCAAGUAAUAUCUGUUCCAGAUAAUAGCUAGAAGGAGGACACACACGGAACAACUCAGGUUGGACAGUAAAUCCUCCGUUGAGGUUUGGCACUUUUAAGGGAUUCUUAAAGGACUGAACCAAAACUUUGGGACUGCUGAGACUGAAAAUUAGGACUGGGUCGAUUGUAAAUCUUCAGAUAAGAUGAAGGA